AUGGGAUUUGUGCAUGCAUUGCAAUUGGUGUUAGCUGAAGCUGUUCCUACAAUUACAGAGGUAGUUCAGGUAAAUUGUUCUUCAUCCUCCGACUCAGACAUGGAAGAAGAGGACGAUAAAGAUGGAGAGAUGGGCCCUCCGACAACUAAAAUUUGUCCUCGGCAUGCCCGAGGUGUGCAUGUUGCAGCUGAGGCAGCAGCUGAUUGUAUUAUUCCAGAUGAUGGAGAGAAUGAAGUAGAAGACAUCACAUUUUCCUGGACUGAUGAUGAGGGUGAUGAACUAGUUAACAAUAUAUUAAAACUGAUUAAUGAGGACCAUGCUUUUAACCGUCAGAUGUUUGGUGGUGGUGGCGUGACUAGAGGGGAUGUUAUCCGAAUGCGCAAAGAGGCGGAGGCCGAGAAUGCCAAGAAUGCAAAACAGAAACAACGCAAACAGGGUGGGACUGCAGAAGAUGGCUCGGUUAGUGGUUCUUGUGGCGAAGGUGUUUUAAGUGGUGAAGCUGAUAUGACCGAGAUUGUUUAUCUUAUAACUAGGAAAGUUAAAGAUGAGAUGGGUUUGUUGGGGGAGAAGGAGAAGAUGGCGAAAAUGCAAGAAGCGUUGAUUGAUGUCAUGAAAAACCAGCUACCAAAGGCUGUGCCUAUCAUGGGAAAUGUUGAUAAUGAAAGCAAUGGUGAAGACCUCGAGGGAGAGAGGGAGGCUGAUGGUAGUGGGUCUGGAAACAAGGCAAAGAUGCCUCCUUUACCAAAUGAAGAGACUAUUGCAGCUAAGGAGACUACGAUGGGAGCCGUCCAAUGGUGA